AAAGCCCAAUGGAAUGAAGCUGAAGUUGACGCCCUGCUAGACUAUCUUAUCACCCAGAAAUCCAAGAUCGCUGGAACCACCUUCAAGGAUGAGGUCUUCAACGAGGCUUCGAACAUGAUUGCAGGAAUGGGGACAUAUGGCCCAUCCAAAACCGGACCGCAAUGCAAGACGAAAUGGGCAUCGGUAUGUACUCACAAUGCCAUCGAGCGAUAUCGUAACAAUCGAUCUGGUUGUCAUUGGGACAAUGUCAAUGGAGCGAAUAUUCAGGGGGAAGCGGCGGAAGUUCAGUGGGGACAAUUUCUCAGCGCCAGUGUGGCCAACAAGGCAAUGCGAUUCUUCAAAAACACCGGGUGGAGAUUUUGGCCCAAGAUGUUGGAGAUCCUGCCAAAUGGGAGUGGCGCUGAGGGCGCUGCCGCCUAUAACCCGGCUUUGUUAGCCGCACAG